UGUUAUUUUCAGACUUCAGGUCGCACAUAUCUUACAGUAUUAAUUGAAUUCGUUAUUGAAUUUUGAAAUACAAUCAACGAAAGCAAGAUUUUUAUUUUCUUCAUUUGGUUUCUUAAUAGUUAACAAAAUUGCUUCCACAAUGACAGUCACGCGGGUUGCAGAAUCCCGCACAGAGUUUAAGUUAAAAAGCCUCCCCGAGGACGCUAUAUCAAGUGUUAAGUUUGCGCCAAAAUCGAACCAAUAUCUUUUAGUGUCCUCUUGGGAUUGUUCAGUGCGACUGUAUGAUGUGUCCGCUAAUAUUGAAAGGCAUAAAUACACCCAUGAGUUGCCGGUACUCGACGUUUGUUUCAGGGAUGCGGUCCACUCAUAUAGCGGCGGUUUGGACCAGACCCUUAAAAUGUAUGACUUGAAUGCAAGUACUGAAACUAUAUUAGGAGAUCACAAGGGUGCGAUACGAUGCGUGGAAUUUGCGAGUGAGGUGAAUGCAGUGCUGACUGGCAGUUGGGAUGGGACCGUCAAAAUGUGGGACAGUAGAGUGCCAAACUGUGUGGGGACAUACAAUCAAGGGAAUGAGAGGGUUUACACAAUGAGCAUAGUCGGCGAGAAGUUCGUAGUCGGCACAUCUGGCCGCAAAAUAUUUGUCUGGGAUGUACGUAACAUGGGUCACGUGAAUCAGAGGCGAGAAUCAUCUCUCAAAUACCAGACGCGGUGUAUACGAGUCUUUCCGAAUAAGCAGGGUUAUGUGCUUAGCUCUAUUGAAGGCAGAGUCGCUGUUGAAUACUUGGACAGCAACCCUGAAGUACAGAAGAAGAAGUAUGCUUUCAAAUGCCAUAGGAUAAAAGAUGGAGGUGUGGAAAAAAUAUAUCCUGUCAAUGCAAUCAGUUUCCAUUCCGUGUACAACACAUUUGCAACGGGUGGCUCCGAUGGCUAUGUGAACAUUUGGGAUGGAUUCAACAAGAAGAGGCUCUGCCAGUUUCAUAGGUACAACACAGCGGUAUCAUCGCUAAGUUUCUCGCACGACGGUUCAGCAUUAGCCAUCGCUUGCUCUCAACUAGACGAGACUCAGAUCGAGGAUCCAAAACCGGAAGACAUAAUAUACAUCAGAUAUGUGACGGACCAAGAGACGAAGCCUAAAUGAAUGGCCCACCCGUAGAUGGCUUAGUUGUGAUAUUGUUGUGUUUUGUUGCUAUACAGAAUGGUAGUUUGAUUUUUCAUUGUAAGUAUAAAUUCUGGAUGUUUUACUAUUUUCUGUGGGUUUUGUUUGUAAAAUUUGCUCUUGCAAACCUUUGAUUGACAAUUAUGAACAAAACAAAAAAAUUACAUACAUUUUCAAUUUUUAUACAUUAAUAAUUACAUGUACGAUCUUAGAAAUUAAAGACUUUUUAACGGAUUUUAAACGCGAUUUAUUUAUUAUAUACUAGAU